UUACAGUUAUUCCGGUUGCCCGGCGAUCCUUUUUUUUCCCCUUUCUUUUGCUGUGCGUGUGCUAUCCUUGUUUUUGCCCAGACUCCAAGAUUUAAAGAUUCAAAGAUUCACAGAUUCCCCGAUUCACUGAGACAAAAGUGACAAACCGGGAUUCAGGAUUUAAGGAGAGUGCGAAACCACCUAAUGCUCAUUGAAAUUUACGAUUAUGCUGCGAAAUUAUUAAACAAUAUGACCGCCAGAGGAGUGAGGGAACCAUCAGCCGGCGGUGGCGAAGGCCAGGAGACCAUUAAUAACGAAACGGGGGGGAAUCCGAACCAGAAUGUGAGGGGCCUGCUGAAACGCACCCUGGCCAAAGUGGCCCGGGCCAAUCCCGCCCAGCACGUGACCAACCUGCCCGUUUCCGCCCUGCUGCUGCAGGCCCUCGAUGCGACGGACGUGGCCCGGGGCCAGGACAUCGAUCCGUCGACCAGUGGGCCGGACGUGGAUGUGCCCGACCAGCCAUUCCCAUUUCCGUUUCCCAACGCCACCGUCAAUCCGCUGGCGGGGAACGGGAACGGCGGCGCGGAUGUCUAUCUGCCGGCGGCCAAUCUCAGCGGUUUCAUCGAGUCCUCGACAACGGCGGUGAUGAGCACGCUACCGCUCCCGAUCCCCACCAGCAGCACCAUGGCCACAUUCCAGGCAAAGACGGUGGCCACCUUCAUUGCCGCCACCGGCACCAAAAAUCGCCCAACGACCAUCGUUGUCUACCCAACGGUUUCACCCGAAUCGAUCGUCAUCCCGAUCGUGUCGUGCAUCUUCGGCUUCCCCAUCCUGGCGCUCCUCGUGAUCUGCUGCCUGCGGCGGAGGGCCAAGCUGGCCCGGGAGCGGGACAGGAGGCGGAACUACGACAUGCAGGACCAUGCCGUCAGCCUGGUCAGAUUUAGUCCAAUACAUAGGCUUAAUUACCGAUCGUCGCGAGCUAUCAGUCUACGUCCUGAACGAAGCCUAAGCCAGGGCUUCACCUCCCUGGAGCUGGACACUGUGCUGGAGGAGCGAUGCAGCGAUGUGGAGCAGACGCAGACGGAGAUCUUCAACCCCGAGUCGCCGAUGGAGACGGCCUCCUACAAGAUGUCCAUCUCCUAACAGUUAGCCAAGCAGCAGGCCGCCGAUCCGCCCCAGCCGGAGCCGGAGGCGAAGGUGCCGCUGGCCAAGACCGCCGCCCAGCUGGCGGUGCCGCCGCCGCAGCUGCGGAAGACGGCCAGUGUGCGCGACGAUCCGGCCGGCCUGGCCAAGCGGCGCUCUCGCCUCCAGGAGAUCCGGGCUGCCAGCAGUGGCGGUGGAGGCGGCGAGGCAGCUGUCGCCUUUACCAAGCGCGGGUCCAAGCGGGAUCGCCGACGAGGAGGAGGUGCAGGCGGAGCAGAGGGACCGGGUGGUAGCUCCAGGGAUGAGCAGUCCCAGUCGCCGGCCAUGCGCAAGUCGCACUCCCUGGACGCCGCCGAGAGCUACUCGCUGGCCAACAUCCAGGCGCCACUCUGGGUGACCCUCACCAACGCCCGCACCAUCGACGAGCUGGCCCAGCAGAAGAUGUGAGCUGCGGCUCCUGGUCCAUGCUCCUGGAGCUGCAUCCGAAUCUCCAACAGAAGCGUUCACUUAGCAAACCUCCGACAAUGAGUCCAAAUCCCGCCCACUUAGAGAACCUGUAAAUGUUUAGAUGGAAGUUCGAAUUAGCCACAUUACUUGCAUCAUUAACUCAAGCUUAACAGAUUCAAUAAAGUUAAAGACCAACUGAAAUAGGAAAACGAAACUAACAUUAAACUGUAAAAACUAAAUCAAA